AAGUCCCAACCCUGUUUAGGGUUAAAAAAAUUAGGCGGGUUUCUCUCUCUAGCUCCCAUCUGGUUUCUUCUCACUAACAAUGGCGAACCGUACGGACCCAGCGGCGAAGAGCAUACGUGGGACGAACCCUCAGAACCUGGUGGAGAAGAUCGUCCGGUCGAAGAUCUACCAGAACACCUACUGGAAGGAGCAGUGCUUCGGCCUCACGGCGGAGACUCUCGUCGACAAGGCCAUGGAGCUCGACCACGUCGGCGGCACCUUCGGCGGCAACCGCAAGCCCACUCCCUUCAUGUGCCUCGUCAUGAAGAUGCUCCAGAUCCAGCCCGAGAAGGAGAUCGUUAUCGAGUUCAUCAAGAACGACGAUUACAAGUACGUGCGAGUUCUCGGUGCGUUUUAUCUGCGUCUCACUGGCUCUGACACCGAUGUUUACCAAUACCUAGAGCCUCUUUAUAACGAUUAUCGUAAAAUUAGGCGAAAAUUAGCCGAUGGAAAUUUUUCCUUGACUCAUGUGGAUGAGGUUAUUGAUGAGCUUCUGACCAAGGAUUAUUCCUGUGACAUUGCGUUGCCAAGGAUUAAAAAAAGAUGGACUCUUGAGUCAAUUGGUACACUGGAACCAAGAAAGAGUGCUCUUGAGGAGGACUUUGAGGAGGAGGAAGACAAAGAGGACGCUGAGCAACUUGAUGAUGGACUAGAAGAUGAUGCUCAUGAAAAGGAUUAUUAUCGUGGUCGGAGCCCUGUAAGGGACAGAGACAAGGAUAGAAGACAUGACAGUCACAGAUAUAGGGAUCGAGAUUAUGAUAGAGGCUAUGAUAGGGAACGAGGACGCGGGAGAGACAGAGACCGGGACAGGGAUCGUGAUAGAGAAAGGGAAAGAGGUAGAGAUAGGGACAGGGACCGAGACCGUUAUCGUCUUAGAGAUGAAAAGGAUUAUGGUCGUGAUAGGGAUCGAGAUCGGGAUUGGGAAGGUAGAGAUCGGGAGAGGAGAGACAGAGACCGUGGUCGUCGUCGGAGUCAUUCGAGGAGCCGAAGUAGGAGUAGGGAUCGCAAGGAUCGGGAUGGUGGGGAUCAUCGCAAGAGACAUCGCAGUAGCAUCAGUCCCAGAAGACGGGAUGGAGCUGAGGACAAUAGCACUAGGGAAGAGGCGAAGAAGAAGAAAGAAAAGAAGGAGAAGAAGGACGAUGGGACAGACCAUCCAGAUCCAGAAAUUGCAGAAGCGAACAGGCUCCGGGCAUCUCUGGGUUUGAAGCCCCUUAAGGUUUAGCUAAAGUGCUGUUUGACUAUUUUAAAGGUGUGUGGACUUAUUGAUAAGCAUAUAUUCUAGAACAUGCAUUCCUUGGAUUACACUGCUGCAUUAUGUUCAAAUGUUGCAUUUUUCUUACUAUGAGCUCCGUAUAUGUUUAGAAUCACAAAUGCUUCUUCAGUGCCAGAUUUACCUGACAGUUUACUCUUCGAUUGAUAUGGCAAUGCAGGAAAUUUGACGGCUGUAAUUUCGUUAUAAUGAAUUUGUAUAUCUUUUCAGUUACAAAUCUUAACUUAAUUCUUAUGCCGC